GGCUCAAGAGAGUCUCUGAGCAUUUAGAAAAUAAAACAGUAUAUGUUAGUGUCUUUUAAAAGUCCAACUGAACAUGACAAGGAGAACAGAACCAGGACUUGUGACUGUUUGAUAGUAGAUCCAUGUAUGUCCAAGCUGCUGGGAUAAAAUGCGCAGCUCUGUGGGCUGACUGAGGAGCUCAGUCCAUGAUCUGGGAUCAGCCCUCGCUCUCCAUCAUCCCAUCCCCUGCCUCCCCUCUCCUCACCUCCACCUCUGCAGUGCCUUGCUCAUUCCUCCCCAUGUGCCGGCGGAGGAGGCGCGCGCUCUCUGCUCUGCUCUGCUGCCUUCAGCUGGCUCCGCUCCAGCAUCCCUCCCGUGAGCUCUCCUCCCUCCUCCCCGUGUCUCCCCUCUGAGGGGUUUGUUGGGCAGCCUGCCUCCUCCGGUUGGAGCUGUUCUAACACCACUUUGGCGCUUUUUCUUCUUUGCCUCUGCUUUAUUCUUUAUUUCUGUGUGUUUUUUUUUUCUAUCAUCAGUGAUUGGUAGAGCAGCGACAGAGGGGCAGGGGAGGCACCGACACCGGCUCCUGAUCAGCUGCUGCAUUGUCCUGUCUGUCUUUAGACUGCUGGGAAGCAGCCGGACAGAGGAAAGCGCAUCUCUUCUUUGCGCUCAUUGCUGGGACGGAGCGCAGGAGAGGAGGGAGGGACUGAGAACAGCACCUGACCGCCCGCUGCUGCUGCUGCUGCUGCUGCUGCACGACUGUCCCACCUUCAUCCACACGCUGCCACCGGCAGGACGGGCUCAAGGACUUCACUCUGAGCACACAGCCCAGACCGCAGUGACUGACUGACUGACAGGUGGUGUCAUGGCGUCCACGGACGGCGGUUCAAGUGUCUCUGCGCGCCACAGAUCAGGGGAUCUGCUCCACGCAGGACUGGCAGUUGCACUUCUGCUUGGUGUGUGGAGCGUUGGCGGACUCGAGGUGACGACAGGCAAAGUGUCUUUAAUUGAAGCAGUCAAUGGCUCCACAGUUCUGCUGCCCUGCAAUUAUCACUCUUGCAUUGGCAUCAAAAACCUUAACUUCAGGUGGACGUUUCGUAACAACGGAAGUGAACAGCCGUUGUGUGAAGGAACUGUUCCAGCAGAGAAAAUGGAGCCAACCUAUUCAGUUUCACACGACCGUGUGACGUUUGUUGGCUCCUCAAUAACAAGCAACAUCUCCAUUUUGUUGUGGAACAUCACCUUUGAGGAUGAGGGACAGUACAUCUGCUUUGCCAAGAACCCAAAGGAGAAGAAUCGCAACCACAGCGCUAUCUUGACCCUCAGAGUCGUUGACCAAAUGAGAGAGGUGGACAAUACUUUGACCGUCAUUAUCGUCUCGGUGCUGGGUGGAGUCAUUGGCUUAGUUGUCAUCAUCAUGGUUAUAAAAGCCUUGGUUGUUCACUUCCUGUUGAAAGAUGAUGAGAAAAAUAAAGAGUGCCUGGUGACCUCCUCAGGGAAUGACAACACAGAAAAUGGACUUUCAGGAGCCAAAGCUGACAAGAAGGGGACACCAAAGGCAUAAGAAAAUGCAAACUAUGUCUCCUGUAUGUAUGUUUGUACACAUAAAGAUAACAUAUAUGUAAAUAUAUGUUAGACAAACGUACAUGCUCAGAGAAUACGUUCUUAUCAAAGGACCGUUUUAUUUUACUAGUGGCUAACUGAUGCAACUUUUACAUCUCAGUUUGAAAUCAUGCUUGAAAUUUGGGAAAUGUGAAAUGCUCAAGGAUCUGGAUCUAUCCUUCACCGAGAAGAAAUCCCAUUUGUUUACAGCUGGAAGCCGUUUUUGAUAUCUGUCCCACAUCUUAGUGAAAACUUUAUUUAUUUUUCCAAACAUAUGUCUAACAUCUGAUUUGGUGCACAAAAUCUUAUUUAUAAAACUUUUUUUUAUUUAUUUUUUUUUAAUUUAUGACAUUCUUUGGUAAUCUAAUCUUUAGUGACUUUCACUUAGAUUUGCAGAUUGGAUAACUUUUCAUACAUAUGAAGAUAUUAAGUAAUCUGAAAUUCCAAGCUGAACUACAAUUUCCAGCUUUAGUUGACAAUUAAAAUAUAGUUUGUUCAUUACAUUUAUUUAUCAAUUCUUUGCCAAACUUUAGCCAAAAGAAAUCUACUGGGGCAAAUCAUGGCUGAAACUAUUUUACUUGAGUUUUCUAACAGCUAUGUAGACAUAAAAUAUCAAGAAGUUCAGCAAAUAUAAAACACAAUAAAGAUAUAUAGAAUAUUAACUGUUUGUUAGAUAGAAAAUUAUCAUUUUUAUCCAUUUUUUUCUUGAUUUAUUUUGUGAGAGCUCAGUCACCUUUAAUUGAGUUAAUUUCCCCCCUCUGUAACCUUACUGUGGUUUAGCUAAUUGCUAAUUAGCUUACUACCGCAAAAAACAGAGUUAUUUUGAUGAUAAAUGUUGUACAGCUCCUGUUUUUGAGAACAUUUAGUCAUUAAGUUUGAACAGUGGAAAGACUGGCAUGUCAAGGUUUACAACUGGGCUUUUCUUGUGUGACAGAUGGAUCCAGUUCUGCACUGGUUUUAAUAUUUUUGCUUUAGAUGAACACCGGUGCCUGCUCCGCUUCAGCUCCCCCUGUUGGUGGGAGGAUAAAAACAAAAAAAGAGAAAACCUUAACCUUCAUCAAAGACAAUCCCCAGUAUACCCCACUCCAUACAAAGAGGAAUGAAUAUAAUGCUGCUUCUGAUUAAUAACCAAUUCAUUCUUAGCAUGUGUGCUUUCAUGGGAGCAUAUGUUACCAUACCACGGCGUGUCUUGAUGGUUCUCGUUUAAUCUUUUCGCCUGCCUAAACUGUAGAAAUCUUGCAACAACUUUUUUUUAAAACUGCUUUUACCAUCAAGGAUAAUUUCAAAAUGUUCUCUUGGAGGUUCUGUUUAGUGUCUAAAUUUGAAAGAUUCCUACUUUUAUUACAUUUACAAACUGACAUGAAUUAAUACAGAAUUUCUGCCAAUUUAUUUAAUUUUUCAAUCUGUUAAAGAAUGUAGUUGUUUGUUCCUCAAUGAAAACUCUAGACAAGUGCAGAUAACCACUGAAGAAUGUAAAACAGUCAGGAAUUACAUGUAUUUUUUUCCCAUUAACCAAUAGGUUAGCCUGCUGAAUGUGUUUGUUUUCUACAAAAACGAGACACGUCUUUCAUGUUUGAAGUCCUGGACAAAACUUUCAUGAGUUAAUGUUACUCCACUGGGAAUAUUAGAUGUUUCAGAGUCACCUGUAAGCAUUUAACGUAUAUCUAACAUCCAACAGUCCUCAGUGAACAUUAGGUUCAUGUGGCUUUACAAACUUGAAAAUAUUUGACAGGACAAUUCAAGGUCUCAGCUGUAAAGACACAAGUUACCAGACAAACUGAGCUUUCAAUAAAAACAGUAAAGCACUUUAUCUAGUCUAAAGCUGCUACAUGACAAUAGGGGGUGUCUAAAAUUAGUGCAAAAAGCAGAAAAUGUUUACAAAUGAUCCCCUGCAUAAAGAUGCAAAUAAAUAAAAAAAAAAUCAAUGCAUAUAGAUCCCCCAUGGUAAGAGUUUUAGAGAAUAGACAAAAAGAAACACACAUGCACACACAAAAAAAGCAAUAGAUUUUUCAAGAGUCACUUUAGAGGAAGUUGCAAUAAACGAACCAAUAAAGCACUUCAUCAAAAUCUAAAAUGGAUUCAGAAAUAAAGGGAGUUCCAAAUAGAUUUUAAAUAUAAUAUUAUUUGACUCAUUUCUUAUAUAUAUUUUGUUUUUACCAGCAUAUCUCUUUGAAACAAGAUUACAGUGCCCGUCCUGCUUUCAGAAGGAGCAAUAAUGCAGACGUCAGACUGUGCACUGAUCUGUCUCAGUCUGCACUGACCAACUCUCACUGGAGGAAGUUGCUCGUACAGAAACACAAAUGCAUAGCAGACCACCGUAUUGACAGCUGGAUAAUGUAUCCAUAUGAUGCACACGCAAUGGAUUCUUCCAUUAAGACAUUCAUCUUCUAAGAGCACUUAGACCUUUUUCGGGUCAUGGGGUUGAUGGAAAACUAUCUAACUACUGCUGGACAAAAGGGGGGGUUCACCCUGGAUAGUGUGCCAGUCCAACGCAUUCAUAUUAUAUUAAAACUGGAUGGAAUACAGGAGAUUUUCUCAAAAGUGUUAGCUCCAACCUUUUUGAGUGAUUGGUUUUAAUUAAAUUACCUCUAGGUUUGAUUUAUUUAAUGACUCAACAAUGCUGAUACAUUAUUUACAUGUUCUAAACUUACUGACUUUGCAAUCUUUGAUUGCUAAAACGAUCAAACACAAAUAAACAAAACACUUUCCUGCCCUCCCUUUGACUAAUAUGAAAAUGCUUUAAAUAUUUUAUCUGUAUCAUGGCAAUCACGGAGGUUUAGGAAUGUGUUGGGAGUUAAAUUUAAAAUAGUUUUCACCAGAGAUGCAAUUCACCCUCCCCACAAUCCAGUUCAAAUCUUGAUUUUUUGAGUCACAAUUUUUUUUUUAUUUAAUGUAUAAUUUGUGUAUUGCAAAGCAAUUACAGAAACCUAAAAAAUGAAGAAAUCUCCUUUUUUUAAUAUGCAAAUAACAAUGAAAAAGAAAAGAUCAUAACAACUUUGGGUUAAUGUAACAAAACAGUAUCAAACACAUGAAAUAUAGCACAAAACAGGUGUUUGACAAUUUAAAGUAAAUAUGUGCAAAUGUAUCCAGUAGGGACACAAUGACUCACUUUCCCCACGAUUCACUUCAAUAGUGAAACAUACAGUUUUAACCAGAGAAUGAUGGCAUCCCUGGUUUUCACACAAUCAGGUAAAAGUAUUUCAACCUUAGAAACACAAAACAACACACUGUAAAAAUCAGGCCACAAAAUAAACAAAAAAAUGUUGCUGUGUCAAGUGUUUACAAUUCAUUUAAAUAGAAUUAAUUUUAGUUCUUAUGUUCUAAUGAUCAAUAAAUCUAACAUUUACUAAUAUAAUUAAAUUAUAUGCUGCAAAAAGUGAAAGUCUGAGAUUCACCCCAUAUAUUAGGGUUUCUGAAAUACAUUAGUUUUAAAGAUCAGUCUGUCUAAAACUGGACGUUCCUCACCUUUUAGCCAGGACAUUAGCAUGCCAAAUACGGUUGAUUGUUUAAUGCAAAGAUUUGAUGAACAAUUUUCCCCAAUUUAAACUCAUUUUUAUGCCAGCAUUUCAUUGAAUUAGGAAAUGUGUACUUCAUUAAUUCUUGAUUUUUCCAGAAAAAACGAAACAAAACAUUAUUAUUCAAAUUUGCUGACUCUGGUUUGAAGAAAUAGGCUGAUUAGAGUAAAUUUUCAAUUUUAGUUAUAAGUAAGCAAUCAAAGCUGACUGAGUGUGUUAAAAGCACUAAGAGCAGUGUUUGCUGUUAGCUUUUAUAACAAUAUUUGUAUAAUCGGGUCUUUGUUUUAUGUUCAUUCUUCUUUCCUGGUCUAAGAUAAAUAAAGUUCUUAACUUGGACGGGUCAGCCAGCUGCUUGCAGCCAUUGCUGCAGUACAGAGCAGUGUAAUGGUGAGAGGAGUCCUCCUCUGCAGUGAUGAAAUGCAGCACACUGAGAACAGGAUGAGGGCCACCUAGUGGUAGUUUCAUCCCCGACAUGCUAAGAGAUUUCCUUUAUGUCACGCCACAAACACUGGCACCUACAUACUGUGUUUAGAUCACAACAGUGAGAGUUUCAGAAUAAAUGACAGUGCUUUUGAUAACAUUUUAAAAAAAACAUUUUUAUGUCUAUUUUCACCUAAAAUAUUUAUCAUUUCAAAUAUAGGAUGCAUUUUUAUUAUUUUAUUUUUUUUACAAUUAGAAUCCAUAGUUUAAGUCCAAAUAUUGAUAAGUGGUUUAUUGAUAAAACGUUUGCAUAAUGUUUACAGAAAAUCCAGGAAGAAAAUAUAUUUAAUGGUUUUUAAUGAAAAUGUUAGAAAUGUGUUGACAGUUUCAGUAUUUCUGUAGCAUUGCUCACUCUGAUGAUUAAGUAUCAAAUGUUCUGACUAUUGACUGUAUAUGAGAACUGGACUCAGUGACCCCUCCCCCUGGAAUUCUAAACAGGAAGUAGGUCCUGGCUCCAAAAUCUUGUAAACUUCUAUUGAGAAUGAGAAGUAGAAAAAGAGUCAGUCUAUUUGUAAGAAUAGCUAUUGUUUUUUUCAGACAUUUGAUUGACAGAUUUUGUGUUGCCCCUUUUUCAAGUGGUAGGGGUGUGGUCUUCUAACAAGCUCACUUGUGAUUGGCAAGAGUGGUUGCCAUUAAAAUGUUGACUCACACGACUCAGACCAAUCCCUGCUUACUGACAAUGUCUAACGCCAACAUGGUGGUGUCCAUAUCCCAAUCCAGUUCUCGUAUACAGUCAGUGGUCCUGACCAAACACUAACUCUUCAGAGUUUGUGCUGUUCCUACUGCCAGUGCAGCUGAAACUCAUACUGCCACUCUAAGAGUCUCAUGUCUGCUGUCGUCGCAUCGAUUACAAGACACUAAAACAUGUUCAGUUAGCGUGAACCACUUCAGUAAUUCCAGUUGGGUAGAACAUUUUACCUGAUCUUUACCUGUACCACACCUGCACUUCCAGCAGGUCAAAAACUCAUACUGCCAAGCCAAGAGUAUGAUGUCUGCUCUCCACCGUGUACAUUCCACAACAGAACUGCAACAAUUUGUCCCUUAUUUGAUUGGCCAAUCACAAAAAAAAAACAAAAAAACUGCCAGCUGUUUUGAUAAGUAUUUAAUUAGGCUUAAACAUUUAAGAUACGCUUAAAAAAUAGUUCAGUCUAAGAAUUUGAUGGGUUUUCUCCAACACGUUUCUUUAAAAGAAUUCACAAGAAUCACAGUGGACAUUUUUAACACGUUUUUUAUUGCUAAAAAACUAUAAUAGUAACGCUUGACUAAUCUAGAUCUGAAAAAAGUAGAGUUGCAGCUCAAUUUAAAAGACUCAUUAGUUCUUCGAAAAAAAAGAUGUACAGGUAGAUAUAUGCUCUUAUCUUGGCACAAACUCUUCUAUUUACUGACAACGAAGUGUGUUGCAUAAUGUGGUUUAUUAUGUAUUUAUAAAGUAACAGAAGUCACAUAUCUAUGACACUGCCUUCAGCUUCUAAUCAUGAAAGACCAAUGUACGUUAGGUAAAAACUUAAGCACAGGUUCACACUAAUCUCUACAUUUUUCACUCCAUGCGGCUGUCUCAGCAAGAUUUUUAACAACUGCACAUAAAGGCAGCGUAUUCUUAUAGCUAUAGACUUUACUAACAGAAACGCCACGCAUUAACUUAGAGGACUCAAGAGUAGACUGAAACUUUGCAGUAGUUUCUUAUAUGUAUUGCUUUAACCAGUGUAGUCAGAAUUCCACAUAUAAUGCCGACCUGCAACCUUUGUUUCCCUGGAUGGGCCUUUUACUGUAAAUGUUAGGCUGUCUGUGACCAUGUUGCUCAUGCUCCUGUCAUGACUAUGCACCUCGAACGUUUAACCCAUUAUAAUUGCAUUAUAACAAUAAAGAUGCAAAUUAAAUUUGCA